UGGGAUCGUCCUUCCUUAACUAAUCCGACCCAGGAUGGCACAAUUACAGAAAGGUUGUUCAAGGGUUUCCACUAUGCUGAGAUACUUGAAAAAGGUUCCGUAGUGGAUCCAGUCAGGCUCCGAGUGGCUAGAAUCGUUCUCUAUCACUACUAUGAGCAGUUAUGCAUAGAUUUACGAAACAAUUCAAACAUGCUAAGCCAACGCUCUCGCGGCAGGAACACAGCCAGCAUUGCAACCGACAAAAUCCUUGAAGAGAUG